AUGGACACCCCCAUCGACAGAGCUAACGAUGACCUUGCUCCCAUGAGCGAGGACGAGAUCAAUGCUUUCUUCGACGAUCUGGACAAAGACAAAAACGGUUCCGUUAGCUUUGCAGAACUAGAGGCCAGACUCCAUGAGAUACACAACGAGCUGGCCCCGGAACCUGCUAAGCACAAUCUUCACCAUCCCAGCCGACGAGACGUGGAGAAGAAUGAAGACCACAACGGCGAUAGUCUUCAUGCCUUUCUUUUCAAUUUAAUGCCUGAUUGCAGCACUCAGCUAAGCCGGCCUGACUUCAUCCGACGCGUCAAGAAGUGGGAGGUCCCAAGCCGGAAGCAAUCAGAUGCUACCGACUGCGACGCGGAGGACGCCUCCAUGGAGCGUAAACUCCCUUUUCGAAGACGAGUGCGAGCAUAUUGGGCUGUUCAUGGACGCGUUCUCUGUUUCACAGUUUUCGUGAUGGCACUACAGCUUGCCUUUGGUCUGUGGCAAAUGAUUAAAUACCUCAGAGAUCCUUUGGCUCGUGCAGCUUCUGGUUGGGGUGUGGUAUUAGCCAAGGCGAGCGCCGGGGUGCUCUACCCGACCUUCUUCUUCAUGCUUCUCAGCAUGAGCAGGCACUUCUCGACAUUCCUUCGGAGAAACUAUUACAUCAAUCGAUUCAUCAAUUGGGAUCUGUCACAAAUCUUCCACAUCAGGAUGAGCAUAGUAGGUCUAUUCUUCGCCAGUUUACAUGCCAUAGGACACUUAAAUGGCACCUUCGUCUUUGGCUCCUCAAGAGGACGACAAGAAAAUGUGGCAUCGGUGCUUGGUCCAGACGCGGUACCUCGUCCUUACAUCACCUAUGUGCGUACAUUACCGGGUUGGUCGGGUCUCACGGCGCUCGGCUUGUUCUGGACCAUCAGCUUGCUCUCCAUGCCAUUCAUACGCAAACGUAGUCACGAGAUUUUCCAGCUUGGUCACUUGCUUAUGUUUCCAAUGAUCGGUUUGCUUUGUGCCCAUGGCACUGCUGCAUUGCUCCAAGCACCCAUGCUCGGCUACUGGUUGGCAUUUCCAGCAUUAUUGGUGAUCUUCGAGCGAGUGUAUAGAUUGGUUCGAGGCCUUAUGGCGGUACCUGCAAGAGCGGAGGUUCUGGACAACGACACAAUUCGAAUCACUUGCAAGCAUCCGCAGGGCAAAGAUUGGAAGUACUCUGCCGGACAAUAUAUUCUGCUACAGGUCCCGAAGAUCUCACAUUUCCAGUGGCACCCAUUCACUAUCUCCUCCUGCCGUGGUAACAUGCUGCAGGUGCACAUCAAAUUUGAUGGAGACUGGACGAAUAAGCUACAAGACACAUUUCCAGAGAGCCAAGAUAUCAAAAUAGGUAUCGACGGCCCAUUUGGCGCACCAGCGCAACGCUUCUAUGAUUACGACUACUCCAUAAUUGUCGGAGGAGGGAUAGGCAUCACUCCAUUUGCGGCCAUUCUUACGGAUCUUGAGGAGCAGUCUACCGAGCGCAAGGAUCCGUGGGCUGAGGGUAGGCGCUCACGUUCCCCAUUUAGAAGACCAUCGAGAUCCGGUACUCCAGAGCCGACCUCUUCAGACGACCAGCAGCGAGGCGACAAGCCGAAACCACUCUCGACAUCCGAAUCCACAGCGGUGUGUCGACUUUCAUUGGACUAUGGUGCCGUGCCUCUCGCGAAGGAUGGCAAUCUCGAGCUCAACAUCAAUACUCACAUCACGGCUAAAAGGAAGAAUAUAUCGACGCAUGUGUUCCGAUACUUGCUAGAUAGCUAUCGUACGGAGGCUGCGCCAUACUCGACUUUGACUGGCUUAAGGCAGCCUUCGCACUUCGGUCGUCCGGACUUUGACGCUAUUCUGGAGAAGCAUUUCGAGGAGCUUGUGGCGGCAGGAGUCACAGACAGUAAGGUGGGAAUAUUCUAUUGCGGUGCUCCUGUUGUUGGUGAAGUGUUAUCAGACAAAGCCCACAUGCUUACUGCCAAGGCUCGCGACAUGGGAUUGCAUCUACGAUAUGAUUUCUUGAUGGAGGUCUUUGGCUAG